CUGCACACACAAAAACCCCCUCUUCCACUUUUCCUCCCAAGCCGCCGAUCCGCUUCCUGUCUGCUGUGUUUUGGUUUCCGUUUUUACUUUGUAAUGCUUGGUUUCUCCUGUUCGUCCAACUAAGUUCCGCACACUCUUAAGCGCCUACUUUCUUCAAACGAGGCAACCGGCCAUGACGUCUAUGGAGCUAAGCCGUGAGUCGCAAAGGCAUUUGGCGUUCGUCUCUCUCUCCUUGGGAUUCCUUGUUAUCUGGACGGCUGUCCUGGCUGGUGUACUGAUAUCCAAGACACUGAAGGACGAUGCCAGUUCUAAGGCAGCUUUGGGAACACUCAAGUUGCACGAGGAUAUAGCCAAGGUUACCUUUGCUUUGGGUCACGAAAUGGUUUCUACAGUAGACUGGCUGCUCUCCGACACUUCUUCCGGAGAUUCGAGCGCCGACCAGCGUGCUUUGGCCUUGACUUGGCGAGUCACUGAUGAUGUGCUUGCAUCCGCAUCACCAGACCCUGGCACAACAGCACGCCUAGCAGUUUUCCGCCAGACGGUCAGACGGAACUUCACCUCGCCCCUGGACACCUCUUCCUUUUACCUUUCCCUGUGCAACACCCUCCUUCAUCGGCACUUGUUUCCUAGCUCGCCGGACGAACCAUCCGCAACCCUGGCGCACGCGCUCUUUGUUCGAGGAAUGUCGCUGAGGAUGGGCCAGCUAGCACUCGGCACGGUUUACAUUCGCUCGGCAGCUGACGUUAAUGUCACGGAGUAUGCUGGCCUGAAUGCAGUGAGUCAAGAGUUACUCGAAACAGCCUUUCACCUCGGACCACGUGCUCGCGCACGCUGGGCCCAGCUGCAGGAAAGGAGGCCCACAACGGCGCUGGACGAUGUGGCCGAGGAUAUGGCGGGAGGCGGAACCCGGAAAGCCAAGCUUGCUCCAGCCUUUCUGGAAGAAGUUAAGCAGCAGCUGGCAUUGCUGUUGAUGGCUCGCGAAGUCCUGGGAAACAGCUUGCAGGCAUGGGCACAAAGAGGGGAGCGGGGGGCACGUGCAGCUUUGGCGUUCCACAGCUCUAUAGCCGGAGUGGCAUUAGUGGCAGUUCUGCUCUGCCUUAUUGUCGUAGCCUGCUCACUCAGAGAUUUUGGUGCACAUGAAUGCAAACCUGACCUGGCUCCCAUCAUAGUUUCGCCCGAAAAAUCACACUGCUAUAUGUAAUGUUGGUUGGCAUAAUCGUAUGUGCAGUAUACAACCUCUCUUGUUGGUGUGAUAAGAGAAGUUUGUGCACAAUGUAAAGCUUUUGAAGUUUUAAAUUCACCAAGUCGUAAAUGCCAGUCAGGUCGACAUAAUACGUUGAGGUGGCAGCUGUUUUGUAAAAAUAGAUCAUAUGCUUUCUUGUGCAUGUUUUUUCAUAAACAUGAGGACACGACCUGGGAAGCAAAUAGUAGCAACGACUCCCGCCAAGCCCAUUGAAGCAUGUGCAGAUUUUCUCGCUGGCUGUUUGUUCGUGGAACCCGUGAAUUACUGUAGAUGAGAAGCAAUCUAAAAUUGUGUUGCACAGUAUUGAUGAAGAUAAGGGCAGCAAACGGCAAGUGAAAGUUAUACGUUGACUUGUUUUUCUGGCAAAAUGUUUUUGAAUUGGUGUCCUGUCUGAAGAUAUUGGGAGCCAGCAGGCAGGAGCUUGUGCUGUAAUUAGUUUAUGCAUUAUUAUUUAUUCCUGGUACGCAUUCGCUGCCAGAAUGAACACUAUAGUUUAGUACACACUUCAUGGUCACAAUAUAGAUUUAUAACCUUCAAAGAUAUGUUGAAAACUGACUGGAAGAGGAAUCGCAAUCGCACCUUUAUUAUCGGUUGCCCUCCUUUCAUGUAUGGCUGCCUUUAAAGGUAUAGUAGUCAAUAUACUCUUGUCGCUUUACAUUGCACAAUUUUAGGUGACAAAUCAUUUUAAAUGUUCUAACUUGUUUAAUUGUUCACAGCAAAUGGAGAGACUUCAAGGGUUUCAAGGCUACAUUAAAUACAAGUAGGCCUUACUGUGAAGUUUACAUAAACGCACAUUUCAAGCACAACCUUCAUUUUAUUUUCACGGAUCGUACAUAUCAACACUCGGACUUUUCAUCUUUUUGACAUCGCAUAUCGCGUGUUACUAGUAUGAACAGCACAAUCUUUAUUCACAUUCCAUCAUAUGUACACUCUGUACCCAUUGAAGAGUUUCAGAACUAACGACAAAAUUCUUUGAAGCUAGUUUGAAUGCCUCCUUGAACACUCAGGUAUUGCGGGUACAUGCAUUUGCGCAAUAACCCAUGUUGGUGUAAUGCAAGGGUCGCAUCAGCUCGAUUUGGUAUCGUGUUUUAUCAUUCGCUGCUCAUGUAUGGGCAAUCUCAGUGAUAACAUCCCGAUAGUGGAAAAGCGCUGACUAGACUGCUAAUAAAGCUAGUGAAGCACGAGUAAAGAAUGCAUUGGAAUAGGAUUGUUUUAUUAUUCUUCCGGACGCAGCUCCUUUGUUCUUUAAUAUUCAAGAACCCCCAUUAUGCAUGUCCACAAAUGUCAUAUAGCGUAUGCAAUCUCUUUACAAGCUUCGUCAGUGAAUUGUAUUUUGUAUCAUGCCUGUAGUUUAUUCUCUUUUUAUUGUCACACUCGCUAUUUAUUAACCUUUUUACCUGUCGUUCUGUUGGGGUGAAAGGUUGCUGCACUCUACUUAACUGUGAUUGUGAACAAGUGUUUUGGAAGUUUCGAAUCUUCAUAUCAGUGUUGUUAUACCACUAUACCUGUUACCUGCACCAACUAUUUAUUGCCAUAUCUGAGAGCGACUUUUAUAAUGUUGUGCAAAAAGGUAGCAACAGCGUUCACUGCCCACUGAAGUGCCUAGAAGUGUAGUGUAACAUGUACCGUCUUGCAAGUUACUUAUGCUGGAAGCACUUCGUGAAUGCAGCGCUUAGUGCCCAUGAAUGCAUACACUUUCUUAUAUCGUAAGUUAUUUUGAGACAAGACGUGAUCAUGAGAAGAUAUAGGACUGAUAUUUUUUAAUGUUACACCAUGUCGCAUGUUUGAUAGAAGGCCUUCAUUGCUUGUUUAGUAGCAGGGCCCUUUUCACAAAAAGUGUGUUUCUUUUUUUUUUUUUCCCUCUUUCGAUGAAUGUCCACUGUAUUUUGUGUGUUGGGCCAAAGGGCAAAAAUAAACAGCAUUUACAUUUGAA